AUGCAGCAAACUCUUCAUGUUGCUUUGAUUUCGGCUACAGCCAAGUCUAAUUCACUGCAUCGUGAGGCAACCAGCUUUGGUAUGUUUACACUGGCGUAUGGACUUGGCAAAGUUUUUUUCCCAAUUGAAUUCUGGAUGCAGAAUCAGGCUGCAAUUUCCCUUAAAUCCUCUCUUGUUUCAAUUACACCCAGAACCAAUAAUGGUUUAUUAUCUCCUUAUCCACACACCCUCCUAAACCCUCGAUUGAGAAGAAACAGUAAUUAUUCGGUUUUGAACUGCACCGGGAUUGAAAUUCCGGUACCCAAACAGCGCCUUAAUCCCCUCAGCUUUUGCAAUGGCUCUGUGGAAGACGAGAAAUUGAAAGCCAUCGGAGUUAAGGAAAUCGAUGUCGCAACUCUCGGAAACCUCUGCGUGGAUAUUGUACUUAAUGUUCCUAAAUUGCCCCCCAAGCCGCUUGACCAACGCCAAGCUUAUAUGGAAAAAUUAUCCAACUCGCCACCAGAUAAGAAAUACUGGGAAGCGGGUGGCAACUGCAAUAUGGCUAUAGCUGCAGCUAGAUUGGGACUUCGCUGUGUUACACUUGGGCAUGUUGGUGAUGAAAUCUAUGGCAACUUCCUCCUAGAUGUACUUCGUGAUGAGGGAAUCAGCAUGGUUGAAAUGGAUGAGCAGAAUGAUGUGGUUGAUCAUUCACGUGCAGCUUACAAGACACUUUUGUGCUGGGUUUUAGUGGAUCCUCUGCAAAGACAUGGCUUUUGCAGUCGAGCAGAUUUCAGCAAGGAGCCUGCAUUUAACUGGUUGAGCAAACUGUCUAAUGAAGUAAAGAUGGCUAUCAAACGCUCCAAGAUCAUAUUCUGCAACGGUUAUGGCUUUGAUGAACUUUCUCCUGGUAUACUUGUGUCUUCUCUAGAGUAUGCUGUUGAAGUCGGCACCUCAAUAUUUUUUGACCCUGGGCCAAGGGGGAAGUCCCUCGUCUCAGGAACGCCUGAAGAGCAAAUAGCACUGAACAAAUUCUUGAAAUUGAGUGACGUUCUUCUAUUAACUUCCGAGGAGGCUGAAUCUUUGACUGGCAUAGCAAACCCUAUUAUGGCUGGACAGGAGUUGCUCCAGAAAGGGGUUCGCACAAAGUGGGUGAUUGUUAAAAUGGGUCCAAAGGGAUCAAUUCUGAUCACGGCUUCAAGUAUAUCUUGUGCCCCUGCAUUCAAGGUGAAUGUGAUGGACACUGUCGGGUGUGGAGAUAGUUUUGUGGCUGCAGUUGCAUUUGGUUUUAUACAUAACCUGCCUUUGGUCAAUACAUUAACAAUUGCAAAUGCAGUUGGCGCUGCAACUGCUAUGGGUUGUGGUGCUGGUAGGAACGUUGCCACUCUCAAACAGGUUGUCGAACUCAUGACAGGAUUAAACCUCAAUGAAGAUGAUAAAUUUUGGGACGAAUUGCUAAAUGGAGAUUUUGGUGUACAAGAAAUUACACUACUCACCAAAAUGGUCAUGAAUGGAAGCAAAAUUCAGCCCAACCAUACUUCCUUGCCGAAGGUGGUUUCUGAACUGCUACCUAUGCUUGAAUGCACACCGAAAGAGCAGGCUUUCGCAUGGUAA